AUGGCCACGCAGCCGUCUGCCAACUGCGGCAAGAGAAGAGUUAGCUCUCCUCUGGAAGACCUCUCCCACCGUAGAGCGAGACUAGAUUCUACAAAUCGCACCUACAUCAACCUGUCUGCCCCAGGAGGCAUUAUACAGUCAUUAGAGAAUAUGGACAAAUCGCUUGAAUCAGCCAUGGAAGCAUCCGAGCCACAAAGGCGGCAAGAGAUCUGCUCUUCAGAUGAAUACAGUGAUACGGGCUUCGAGCUUGAGCUAGCAAUGAUUAGCGAGAUGCAGACACUGGAGGACAAUCUGACAGCCUCAUCGAGCUCUACUGCCGAUGAGCAACUCCAUUGUGACGGCAUCGACGACACCGCACUCCAAACUCUCCUGGAGGAAAGCACGGGAGAAAUUGAAGGAGAAAACCCCCCUUCAAGUGUAGUCCGGGCCUUCGAUGUCGAGUCGAGGUCUGCUGAAGACUACGACCCAGCCCUGCAGUUCUCCUCCCCGCAAACCAGUGACAGCAGUGGGACAAUCGGUAGCUGUGCCAGUAUUCAGUCUACGGAUACUGUUGAUUGGGAAGACAUUCGACAACAGGCCUCAACAUUGCAGCAAGCAGGUAGUGGUGCUUCUUACUUUGAGCAAACACCUGACCCUAGGGCUACUCUAAAGCCUAGCAAGGGUCUCUCCCCGCAAUCAUCCGGUCUCAUGCCACAGGCCACAUGGACUGCUGUCGCAGUCAAUAUGCGCAUGUUCAAUCCAUCCCGUACAUGUUUUCGUCUUACUGAGAUCACAGAGUCCAAGGCAGCUAUGAUGCAGCGUCAACCCCACGCUGUGUAUAACGUCUUUGCUCGUGUGCUAUACUCUAGUCGGGAGAACUUUUUCCGAAGGCAGUAUUUCCAACUUCGGGACCUACUAUCAGAGUCGCCACCAUAUCUUACGGGAGCCCUAUUAGGCUAG